GCCCCUCCUUCCCACUGCCGCCUCCAGGUCCUGCUCCUGCCGCCGCCGCCGCCGCCGCGGCCACGAGCAGAUCGAUCGCGCUCAGCCACGCAUCCCGGACUCCAGGCACCAAAGGCGGCCGGGGCGUCCCGAGGAGCAGGAUUCUAGUAUGGAUUUGGAACUUGAAGAGCAUUUUAACAAGACAUUUGUCACAGAGAACAAUACUGCCACCAGUCAGAAUGCCGCCUUCCCUGUCUGGGAUGACUACAGAGGAACAGAGAACAAUACUGCUGCUGCUCACAAUGCCGCCUUCCCUGUCUGGGAAGACUACAGAGGCAGUGUAGAUGAUUUACAAUACUUUCUGAUUGGGCUUUAUACAUUUGUAAGCCUACUUGGCUUUAUGGGAAACCUACUUAUUUUAAUGGCUGUUAUGAAAAAGCGCAAUCAGAAGACUACGGUGAACUUCCUCAUAGGCAACCUGGCCUUCUCUGAUAUCUUGGUAGUGCUGUUUUGCUCACCGUUCACGCUGACCUCUGUCCUGCUGGAUCAGUGGAUGUUCGGCAAAGCCAUGUGCCAUAUUAUGCCUUUCCUUCAGUGUGUGUCAGUUCUGGUUUCUACUCUGAUCUUAAUAUCAAUUGCCAUUGUCAGGUACCACAUGAUAAAGCAUCCUAUAUCUAACAAUUUAACAGCAAACCAUGGCUACUUUCUGAUAGCUACUGUCUGGACCCUGGGCUUUGCCAUCUGCUCUCCCCUCCCAGUGUUUCACAGUCUUGUGGAACUGAAGGAAACCUUUGGCUCAGCAUUGCUGAGCAGCAAGUACUUGUGUGUUGAGUCAUGGCCCUCUGAUUCUUACAGAAUUGCUUUCACAAUCUCCUUAUUGUUAGUUCAGUAUAUCCUGCCUUUGGUAUGUUUAACAGUAAGUCAUACUAGUGUCUGCAGGAGCAUAAGCUGUGGAUUGUCCCACAAAGAAAACAGACUGGAAGAAAACGAGAUGAUCAACUUAACUCUCCAGCCAUCCAAAAAGAGCAGGAACCAGACAAAACCCUCCAGCAGCCAAAAGUGGAGCUACUCAUUCAUCCGGAAGCACCGAAGAAGAUACAGCAAGAAGACGGCAUGUGUGUUACCCGCUCCAGCACGAGCUUCCCAGGAGAACCACCCGAUAGUUCCAGAAAACCUAGGCUCGGUCAGAAGUCAGCUGUCUUCAUCCAGUAAGGUCAUUCCAGGAGUCCCAAUCUGCUUUGAGGUGAAACCUGAAGAAAACUCAGAUGCCCACGAAAUGCGAGUCAAGCGUUCCAUCACUAGAAUAAAAAAGAGAUCUCGAAGUGUUUUCUACAGAUUGACCAUAUUGAUACUAGUGUUCGCUGUGAGCUGGAUGCCCCUCCACCUUUUCCACGUGGUGACUGAUUUCAACGAUAACCUCAUUUCCAACAGACACUUCAAGCUCGUGUACUGUAUUUGUCACUUGUUAGGCAUGAUGUCCUGCUGUCUUAAUCCUAUCCUAUAUGGAUUCCUUAAUAACGGGAUCAAAGCAGACUUGAGAGCCCUUGUACACUGCCUCCACAUGUCAUGAUUCCCUUUGUUUACCAAGGAGCAAAGAAAUGUGGAGACUGUCUAUAACACAUUUGUUCCAAUUGAUGUAAUGUAUUCAUUUAAUUUACGUAAAAGUGUUCUGGGUUCAUAAUGUAUGGAAGAUCAUUUUCAUGUCAGAAUAUGGUUAAUUCUUCUAGUUGUACAGAGUCAGUGUUAGUGUAAUCUGUAAUUUCAUGUUUUGAAGUAGUGGCAUUUCCUUCUAUCUCAUGGCCCUGGUGACAAAUGGGUGACACUUUAUUUAGUGUAAAAGUUAUAGCAAACCAAGUUGAUAUUUUGAACAAAAAUGUAAGAAGCAAAAAGGUUGUCCGAAAGAAUAUUUAACUACAGAUUUAAGGAAUUUCUAUUAUCUAGAUAUCCUCAUUUCUACUUUGCAGGCUUCUUAACAUUUUUUAAAAUGGUACAAAAUAUUUAAUAUGCCCAAAAGUCGGA